AUGAAUUCUGUGGCUGGGAAUAAAGAGAGGAUCGCAGUCACAACCAGGAGCAGAAAAUACGGGGUGAACGAAGUCUGCUCCCCUACCAAGACCGCCGCCCCCUUCUCCCCGGAGAGCUGGUACAGGAAAGCCUAUGAAGAGUCCCGGGCGGGGAGCCGGCCCAACCCCGAGGGCGCCGGCUCGGCUCUCGGCUCGUCGGGCACCCCAUCCCCUGGCUCAGGCACCUCGUCCCCGAGUUCCUUCACGGGCUCCCCGGGACCUGCUUCCCCUGGCAUCGGCACCAGCUCGCCUGGCUCUCUGGGAGGUUCGCCAGGUUUUGGCACCGGCUCUCCGGGCUCGGGCAGCGGGGGCGGCUCCUCUCCAGGUUCCGACCGAGGCGUCUGGUGCGAAAAUUGCAACGCCCGCCUGGUGGAGCUGAAGAGACAGAUUCUGAAGCUGCUUCUCCCGGGCCCCUUCUCCAGCAAGGACCCCGCAUUCUCUUCUGCCAUCCACGACAAGCUCCAGGUCCCCAACACCAUCCGGAAAGCAUGGAACGAAAGAGACAACCGCUGCGACAUCUGUGCGACUCACCUGAACCAGCUGAAGCAGGAGGCCAUCCAGAUGGUGCUCACCCUGGAGCAGGCAGCCCACAGCGAGCACUACGAUGCUGCGUCGCCAAGCUCACCUCCACCCCUCGCCAACAUCCCUGCUUUGGUGGGGCCCCGGCAUGUGGGUGGCCUCCAGCAGCCCCGAGACUGGGCCUUUGUGCCUGCUUCCUAUGCCACCUCCAACUAUACGGGCUUCAUCACCAACAAACAUGGCAGCAAGCCCAAUAGCCUUGGGGUUGGCAGUGGGGCAGAGAAGAAGAAUGGAUCCCCUACCCACCAGGCCAAGGUCAGCCUCCAGAUGGCCACCAGCCCCAGCAAUGGGAAUAUCCUCAACUCAGUGGCCAUCCAGGCCCACCAGUAUCUGGAUGGCACCUGGUCCCUGUCCAGAACAAAUGGAGUCACACUCUACCCCUACCAGAUCUCCCAGCUGAUGACUGAUCCUGGACGAGAGGGACUGACCGAAGCUGCCCUGAACCGCUACAAUGCAGACAAACCCUCCGUGUACAGCUUUCCGGCCUCACAGAGCCCCUGUGCUGCCAGCGAAACUUCCCAGGGCACCUCAGUGGCAGCAUCCUUCUUUGCCAGAGCUGCUCAGAAGUUAAAUCUAUCUUCCAAAAAGAAGAAGAACCGACCUUCAACUUCGUCAGCUUCUGAAUCACCUCUCUUCUCCACAAGCUUCAGCGGGAUCCUUCAGGCAUCCCCUCCUCCAGCACCACCUUGUUUGUUAAGGGCAGUCAACAAAGUAAAAGACACUCCAGGCCUGGGCAAGGUGAAGGUCAUGGUUCGCAUCUGCUCUACUCUUGCCAGGGACACCUCAGAAUCCAGCUCCUUUUUGAAGGUGGAUCCAAGGAAGAAGCAAAUCACCCUUUAUGAUCCCUUGACUUGUGGAGGGCAGAAUGCCUUCCAAAAGAGAGGCAACCAGGUUCCACCGAAGAUGUUUGCUUUUGAUGCUGUUUUCCCCCAGGAUGCAUCUCAGGCUGAAGUGUGUGCUGGGACGGUGGCAGAGGUGAUCCAGUCUGUGGUCAAUGGAGCUGAUGGCUGUGUGUUCUGUUUUGGUCAUGCCAAGCUCGGAAAAUCCUAUACCAUGAUUGGAAAGGAUGAUUCCAUGCAGAACCUUGGCAUCAUCCCUUGUGCCAUCUCCUGGCUUUUCAAGCUGAUUAACGAACGCAAAGAGAAGACGGGAGCCCGUUUCUCCGUCCGGAUCUCUGCCGUUGAAGUAUGGGGAAAGGAAGAGAACCUGCGGGACCUGCUAUCCGAGGUGGCCACAGGCAGUCUGCAGGAUGGCCAGUCCCCUGGAGUGUACCUUUGUGAGGAUCCCAUCUGUGGCAUGCAGGUGACUGAGGCUGGAGCUUCCCCUACCAAGGGGAGGCUGCUGAUCUCCACCUUGGAGACUGGGGGCAGUUCAACCCAUGAAUUACUCCAAAUCAAACUUUGCAAGACAGAGAAAUGUGGAGAAGGAUUGUCCGGAGGCCGAAGCCGCCUGCAUCUGAUUGACUUAGGCAGCUGCGUCAAAGCUUUGAGCAAAAAUCGAGAGGGUGGCUCAGGUCUGUGCCUGUCCCUGUCAGCCCUGGGAAAUGUCAUCCUCGCUCUGGUCAAUGGCAGCAAACACAUCCCGUACAAAGACAGCAAGCUUACCAUGUUGCUGCGAGAGUCCCUGGGAAACAUGAACUGUCGCACCACCAUGAUUGCUCACAUCUCCGCAGCCGCCGGGAACUAUGCAGAAACCCUGUCUACCAUCCAGAUUGCAUCCAGGGUCCUAAGGAUGAAGAAAAAGAAAACUAAGUAUACUUCAAGCUCUUCUGGAGGGGAAAGCUCUUGUGAAGAAGGCAGAAUGCGCCGGCCAACCCAGCUGAGACCCUUCCAUCCUCGCAAUGCUGUCGACCCAGACUUCCCUAUCCUUCACUUGUCUAGUGACCCAGAUUACUCCUCUAGCAGUGAGCAGUCCUGUGACACUGUGAUCUAUGUGGGCCCCAAUGGCACAGCCCUCUCAGAUAAGGAGCUCACUGACAAUGAAGGACCCCCAGACUUUGUCCCUAUAGUCCCUGCCCUGCAGAAGACCAAGAAUAACAGCAAGGUGGAGGAUGCAGGGGACAGUGCUUCCAACAAGUCAGAGAGGGACUGCCUGAAAUGCAAUACCUUUGCAGAGCUCCAGGAAAGACUGGACUGCAUAGACGGCAGUGAAGAGACCAACAAGUUUCCUUUUGAGGAGUUGCCCAUCCAGUUUGGGGCUGAUCAGAUGAGUAAGUGCCCCACUUUAUCUAGUCAAGUGGCUGAGGUGAGCCAGCUCUCAGAUUCUGAUAAGGAAGAGAAUGGUUCUGAUGGUCAGUUGUUGGAUAAGGAAGAGCAGGAAAGCGCCAGUCCCCUGGUCACCAAGUUACAGAGGAAUCACUCCCCAGUUCCUUCUGCAGCCUUCACCAAUACUCCCACACCCUCCUCACCCAGGAGCAUCCCUGGCAGCUCCAGCAGCCAGCCAAGCUCUUCCCAACUUACCCACAGCCCCAGUCUUCAGAGCAGUCGGGAAAGCCUCAACUCCUGUGGCUUUGUGGAAGGCAAGCCCCGGCCAAUGGGUUCUCCUCGCCUUGGCAUCGCUAGCCUUUCUAAGACUUCUGAGUACAAGCCCCCAAGUUCACCCUCUCAGAGGUGCAAAGUCUACACUCAGAAAGGGGUGCUCCCCUCUCCAGCUCCUCCACCACUACCACUGCCACCCUUGACCAAGGAUUCUGGAAUGGUGUCUAGUGAAUCUCUACUGCAGCCUGAGAUUCGCACACCUCCAGUAGGAAUGAGCCCUCAGGUCCUGAAGAAAUCCGUAUCCUCUGGGAGUGGGGGAUUUUCAGAGACCAUCAUUGAUGAGGAGCAAUCAGCCACAUCUCCAGGGUCCAAAAAAGGGGUCCUGAGCACAACCAUGGUCACUGUCCAACAACCUCUGGAGUUGAAUGGUGAGGAUGAGCUGGUGUUCACUUUGGUAGAGGAACUGACCAUCAGUGGGGUCCUUGAAAAUGGGCGUCCCACCAGCAUCAUCAGCUUCAACAGUGAUUGUUCUGUGCAAGCCUUGGCUUCAGGCUCCCGUCCAGUGAGUAUCAUCAGCAGCAUCAGUGAGGACCUAGAGUGUUACUCCAACACAGCUCCAGUCUCAGAGGUCAGCAUUACCCAGUUCUUGCCGCUUCCCAAGUUAAACUUAGAUGAAAAAGUCCGGGAUGCUGGGAGCAGACGGUCUUCCAUCAGCUCUUGGCUGAGCGAGAUGAGCACAGGAAGCGAUGGUGAGCAGUCAUGUCACAGCUUCAUAGCCCAGACAUGUUAUGGGCAUGGGGAAGCCCUGGCAGACCCUCCACUCCCAGACUUUGCAAACGCCAUCCAGAACACUAGAAUGAUGUGUGGAGACAAGCCAAAGGGAGGCCCAGAAAAUUUACUCAUCCUUUCUGAAAUGGGAGAAGAGGCUUUCAACAAGGGCUCACCUAUCAAAGGUUGCAAAAUAUCAGCUCUUGGCAAAGCUAUGGUAACAAUUUCCAAUGCAGCAAACUUAGGUGGCUGUGAUGGCUACAUUCCCAUGAAGACUAACAUUACUGUUUAUCCGUGUAUUUCUGUGAGCCCCCUUAAUAUCCAGGAGACUGAUGAGGCCAUAACCUCAGUCAACUCAUCUUCCAAAGCAGCCCAGGCUCAGGAGGACAAGGAAGCUAGCACAAAGAAAGAGAUCAAAUUUGAAGACCCUUGGCUCAAACGAGAAGAGGAGGUGAAAAAGGAGAAUACUUAUCCUAGUAAUGUGACUAGCUUUGAAAAUGAGAUGGGUUCCACAAAGCCUGAGCCUAGGCAUGAACAAGAACAAGGCAAGAAGCCCAACUCCGGAGACAGGUUCAGCAGCAGCAGCAGUAGUGGGGAGACAUCUAACUCCCCUGUGUCUGACAACUUCAAGAGGAUUGUGGAUGGGUGUGAGAUGACCUUGUCCAGCCUGGCCACCCAAGCCCCUGUGCAUGCCAACAAGAGCCUGAAGGCUAGCAGUCUCCCGAGGGCAUUUCAGAAAGCCAGUAGGCUGGAUGACCUGGACAAUGUCUUCUAUCACUGUGCUGCCGAGAGCAAUGGUAUCUGCUCUGCAGGCUCUCAGUCCUCCAAGACCACCCUAGAGAGGAGAAUGGCUUCUCCGAAGCACUGCGUUCUGGCUCGGCCCAAAGGGACACCCCCUCUCCCUCCCAUCCGAAAGUCAAGCCUAGAUCAGAAGAAUCGGGCUAGCCCCCAGCACAGUGCCCCCAGCAGCAGCACUAGCAGUCCCUUGAACCAGCCGGCUCCUUUCCUGCCCGGCUUCCCGGAUGAGCCCAACAGCAAGACAAAAGACACCAGUAGCAGCAAGUUGUUCAGCGCCAAGCUUGAGCAGCUCGCCAGUAGAUCCAACUCCCUAGGUCGGUCCACAGUGAGUCACUAUGAGUGCCUGUCCCUGGAGAGGGCCGAGAGCCUGUCCUCUGUAAGCUCCAGGAUGCACUCUGGAAAAGACAGCACCAUGCCAAGGACUGGGAGGACCCUGAAUCGUUCCGCCAUGUCCUCUCCCACCAAUUCCUGCACCUCGCAGUCCGCUGGGGCCUCACCCAAGGCCGGCCAGUCGAAGAUCUCUGCCGUGAGCAAGCUUCUCCUGGCUAGCCCCAAAGCUCGGAGCCUCUCCACCUCCACCACCAAAACCCUUAGCUUCUCCACCAAGUCUCUGCCACAGUCAGUAGGGCAGAGCUCCAGCCUACCCCCCAGUGGAAAACACAUGUCUUGGUCCACCCAGUCCCUCAGCCGAAGCCGGGGGUCCGGACUCACGUCCAAACUUCCCCUACGUGCGGUCAAUGGCAGGAUCUCUGAACUGCUUCAGGGGAAUACGAGCGCCCGAGGUUUGCAGCUGCGUGGGAGCUCUGAGGCAGAGGAGCGGGGCGGCCUUCCUGGAGAGGAGAAACCAGCCGUUCACAUGCUGCCCUCGCCCUAUAGCAAAAUCACCCCGCCUCGCAAGCCCCAUCGGUGCAGCAGUGGCCAUGGCAGUGACAACAGCAGCGUGCUCAGUGGGGAGCUCCCGCCAGCUAUGGGGAAAACAGCCCUGUUCUACCACAGUGGCGGCAGCAGCGGCUAUGAGAGCAUGAUGAGAGACAGCGAGGCCACGGGCAGCGCUUCCUCUGCCCAAGACUCCAUGAGUGAGAACAGCAGCUCCGUCAGCGGAAGGUGCCGAAGUCUCAAAACUCCAAAGAAACGCUCCAAUUCAGGUUCUCAGAGACGGAGGCUCAUUCCCGCUCUAUCACUUGAUACCACCUCCCCAGUAAGGAAACCUUCAAACAGUGCUGGCGUCCGCUGGGUGGAUGGACCAAUGAGGAGCACCCAGAGGGGUCUAGGGGAACCCUUUGAAAUCAAAGUCUAUGAAAUUGAUGAUGUGGAGAGGCUUCAGCGACGUCGAGGCAUUGACAACAAGGAGGUGAUCUGUUUCAAUGCAAAGCUGAAAAUUCUGGAGCAUCGCCAACAGAGGAUUGCUGAGGUCCGGGCCAAGUAUGAGUGGUUAAUGAAGGAACUGGAGAUGACCAAGCAGUAUCUGAUGCUGGAUCCCAACAAAUGGCUCAGUGAAUUUGACUUGGAGCAGGUAUUGGAGCUGGAUUCCUUGGAGUACCUGGAAGCCCUCGAGUGUGUGACUGAGCGCCUAGAAAACAGAGUCAACUUCUGCAAGGCCCACCUCAUGAUGAUCACCUGCUUCGACAUCACCUCCAGGCGCCGAUAAAGAGAGAAUCACCUCCUCACCAACCCUUCCCCCGCCCCCCCAACCCAUCUUCCACCUCCAUCCCACCCAUCCACAGCCCAGGACUCCCCAGAAACAGUCAUUCUCACCUAGGCCCUCUGCAAAGACAGCACCCCAAAGACCAUGGAAUGAGGAUGAAGGUCGGCGGCAAGUCUGGAGCAAGCGUUGAGCGGCAGGCGAUUUUUUUUUUCCUUUCGUUUCUCUAGGAAGGGUGCCAACAUCAAACCCACAGUGAAGCGAAGGAGCAAAAAUGCCGGGGAGCCAGAGGGAUAUCAAAGGCCCCGCGAGACUGAAAAGAGCACUUUGAAGAACUUUCAAGGACACGUUUGUACAUACAAACUGUGUGAGGAGCAAAGGCAACCUUGUUCUUUCCUGGCUUUGGCCAAGAAAGGGGAAGGGUGGAAGUAGGAAUGCUGCUGCCGAGAGCUAAACAAAACAACAACAAACAACAAAUACCCCGAAAGACUGUUUAAGUGCCUUGCAAAUCUUUAUUAUCCAAACAUUUAUGUUCAUACUUUCUUGUGUACAGAUGGUGCUAGUCAAGAAAAUUACAAAACAAACGAAAAAAGGAAAAUCAACCACAUUUUGGAAAUGUAUUAAUGUAUUUACAGCUCGUUUUCUCCUGGUAUUUUCUCCUGUUUCUGACUUGCUGUUUCUAAGUAACUUGUGUUUGUAGAGAUAUUUCCUAAUCAGUACCACAUAUGAAUAAAUGUUAACUGUCUUUUAUGGUUUACCUCCAGUAAGGCCACUCAAACAGAACGUGGAUACUGCCUGUCAAUAGCCAGUGUGUUUCCAACAAGACUUUGGGGUGCCAGGUGAUCUUAGCCACUGCCUUUCACCAUCCUCAUGGACACUGGGCUUGGCUUGGGAUAAUUGAGUUUAAGGAUCACUUGGGGUUUUGGAGAAUGGACGAGGAGAAAGGGGAAUACCACCCAAAAGCUAGAGGGAUCUCUUUCACCCUCCUCCUCAGCACCCUACCAGCUGACAUGGCAUCAGUGGGCUUCAUGUAUGGUCCCACCUGGGAGUCCUGGCAGACAUUUGGAUUCCUAUCACCAUGCAUCUAUCAUUUAUUUGUGUCUUGAAGCGCAACCCCAUGGAUUGAAAUUUCUCAUUUUAACUUUUAUUUCCCCAAAUCCUUUG